UAAGGACGAGCUUAGUACAUGCGCGUUCUAUAUUUACAAUGAGAAAAUUCCCCGGGCAUUUUACGUACAGCAUAAUAAUUAAGCGCGUCGGAGCAAAACUGGGAGUGUCGUGUGUAAAGCCAAAUACAGCGAGGAAUUCCAGCCAAGAUGUCGAAUAUUGUGGAGGAUAUUAAGGCUAAGGUGAAUGCACAGCCGCCUUGGCUUAAAAUCACAAUAAUUGUGGUUGCUGUAUCAUUACUGCUAUAUCUCCUAUUUGGUUACCCAGUCCUGCGAGUCAUUAUUUAUUAUCCAAUAGGAAUAGUCUUGUGUUUGGUAACAUACCUCUACCCGACAUAUGCCAGCUUGAGAGUAAUUAAAAGCGGAAAUAUAAAGACAAAUGAGAUCACGCAAUGGGUAGUGUUUUGGAUUGUACUCGGACUGUACAGUGUCUUUGAAUUCUUUAUCGUAACAAACAGCGCAUUUGGAAUCAUUGAGUAUCUCCUGCAAUGCCUCUUGGCCUGGUUUCCACUCUAUUACUUCUGUUCGCAUAACACUAUGAGCACGAAGUCAUGUGUGUUGCUUUGGUGUAUGGCACCCAUUGAGAGUAACGGGGGCAUUAUUCUGUACGACAAGCUGCUGUUCCCCCUCUUGGCGAAACAUGAGAAAGAGAUUGAGAAGAACUUUGAUAAAGUGAGAGAUCUCCUGACAACCAAGAGGAAGCCAGAUGCAGAGACACAUUCUGACUAA